AUGGCUGGGCUGGGGGCGGCGGGGCCGGGGUGGGGGGAAAGGGGAGGCGGCCCUGCCCCCCCUCACGUGGCGGGGGGGCCCCCCCGGGCCGGGCAGCGCAUGGGGGGUGCGGGCGGGGGGUGCCGAGGGGCCCCCCCGGGCUGGGAGCGCGGGGGAGGGUCCGGAGAGUCCUGCGGAGAGACGGGACACGGGCUCGGGGCUCGGCAUCCCCCGGACCGGGAGAUCCCCCCCGGGAGGACGGUCAGGAACCGCGGGGAACAGACCACCCCCACCCCCGGCGGGACAGCGAACCCCAAAAGCGACGAGGAACCCCCCCCGCAGGGACCCCCGGAGCGGCUUCACCCCCGGGAGAUCGGGGAUCCCCCUCGGGGAACCGGAGACCCCCGGGAGAUCGGGGAUCCCCCUCGGGGAACCGGAGACCCCCGGGAGAUCGGGGAUCCCCCCUCGGGGAACCGGAGACCCCCGGGAGAUCGGGGAUCCCCCCUCAGGGGACAGGAGACCCCCGGGAGAUCGGGGAUCCCCCCUCGGGAACCGGGGGGGCCCGGAGGGCGCGGGGGGUCCCGUCCCGGGGGUGCCGGGGAGGAUCCGCCGGAGCCCGGGGGGGUCCCGGGGGUCGCGGCCGCCCCUCACUCACCACCGCCGCCGCCGCCGCGCAACGUCAGCGCGUACGACACGCACGCUGCGUCGCUGCGUCACGGCGCCGCCGCCGACGGGCCAAUGGGAGGGCUGAGCGGCGCGGGGUCCCCUCGAGACCCCGCCCACCGCGCGCGGCGACCAAUAGGAGACCCCGCGCGGGCGGGCGCGCGCGACGUGGGGGCGUGGCCUGGUGUGCGCCACGCUGGCCACGCCCCUGGCGCUGGCCACGCCCCCAUCAGCGCAGCUGUCAAUCAAAGAGGCCACGCCCCGUUCUGA